AUGGGCUACCCAACACUCGACGCUGCCCUCGCCUUCCCCAACAAUCUUUUACCUUCUGAAUCACACAUUGUUAUCACAGACUGCCUCAAUGCGAACGCCAACUUUUUGAUACACCACUUUAUCGGCAACCAGCUUAAAGCCGAUCGCAAAGUGAUCUUGGUUGGGCUGUCACAGAUCUUUAACCACUACUUCCACAUUGGACGCAAAUUGGGUAUCAAUCUUCAAGCAUACAAGCAAUCAGGACUUCUUUGCUUUAUUGACGGGCUUACACACUUGAACCCCUAUGCACAAGGAUCACCUUAUCCACCUGCCAAAACACCUACCACACCCACCAGUGUAUUGGAUGCCAGUAGCAGCAACAACAAUGACACCACCAUGGAUGUAUUGAAAUCAUUCUACGACGUGAUCGAGCUCCAAGUCUCGGCUGCAACCAAGGAAAAUCAACACCCACUCUUAGUCUUGGAUGAUGCCAGUGUUCUUUUGAUGAGUGGAUUUGGAUUGGAGGCUGUUCAACGUUUCAUUCAAAAGUUAAAAGUCAUGAUGAGUCGAGCGGACGGUGCUCUUGUCACGGUGAUUCAUGCGGAUGAGCAAGGCACGGAGGAUCUUGAACAAGAUGCAUUUUGUCGGAUGGUCAUGAUGAAUGCCAGCCAUGUCUUACAAGUAGAGGCAUUAAACAGUGGUCUUGCACGUGAUGUCCAUGGACAGUUGUCUAUCCUGCAUGGCGCUCAGCAAAUACUGCCCAACGCAUCAGCGACUGUUGUACAAUCAAUGCAUUUCAAAAUAGCGGAUAAUAACGUAGAAUUCUUUGCCAAAGGAAUUUCCAAAGGCGUCUUGUAA